AGUAUGAGUGCAGGAAUACAAAGUAUAUCAUUUUUUGUUUUAAUAGUUUCUCUAAGAAAUUAGAUGGAAAAGUAACUUAAUUUUGUGAGUUAUGAUCAUUGGACCGGUAGGAUGUCAGCCGCGGAUCUUGAAAUCUCAUGACGGAUUUGAAUCAGACACCAUCUGAGGAAGCUGUUCUACUCGCAAGAGGCUACAAAUUUGUAAAAAAGUUGGGCGAAGGUUCUUAUGCUAAAGUAUAUCUCGCUGAAUACAAACCAGAAACCGAGCCCGAAAGGUGCAGCACGUUGGCUUGUAAAGUAAUAAACACUGUAAACGCCCCGAAAGACUUUGUUCGAAAAUUUCUACCCCGUGAACUGGACAUCUUGGCAAAGUUGAAUCACCCUCACGUAGUGCACGUGCACAGUAUAUUCCAGAGGCGAUCGAAAUAUUUUAUAUUCAUGCGUUACGCCGAGAACGGCGACCUUCUUGAUUUCGUCCUGAAGAAUGGCGCGGUUGCAGAGGGACAGGCGCGUGUGUGGCUCCGGCAGCUUGCACUGGGUCUACAAUAUCUUCAUGAAAUGGAAAUUGCCCACCGAGACAUGAAAUGUGAAAACGUUCUCCUUACAUCGAAUCACAACGUCAAGCUCGCCGAUUUCGGUUUCGCUCGUUACGUGAUAGACAAUCGUGGUAAACGAAUAUUAAGCGACACCUACUGCGGUUCUUUGUCUUAUGCCGCUCCAGAAAUUCUUCGUGCCUCUCCGUACAACCCUAAGAUGGCUGAUGUUUGGUCCCUCGGCGUCAUUCUAUACAUUUUACUGAAUAAAGCAAUGCCCUUUGACGACACCGAUAUCAAGAGUCUCUAUGAACAGCAGACGAAUCGUAAAUGGAAGUUUCGGAGUAAAGUUGCUGGCAGUUUGAGCGAGCAUGUCAAGAAACUGGUAACGCAUCUUCUUGAGCCUGAUCCCCAUAAACGUUGGAAGCUGACUCAAGUAAUUAACAGCGAUUGGAUCGCUAUGGAUCCACGACUUCUGGUGCUCACACCAGCUGAGCAAAUUGCCCUUAACAAUGCUAUUGAAGAGAAGAAAAAAUUGGAAGGAAAAUUUAUACAGACAGAUCCAAAACUGUUCAAGGUGGAGGAGAAGAAGACACCAGACGCAGACACGGCUAAAACGAAAGCAGAAGUUACAGUGAUCAAGAAAGCUGCAAAAGCAGUAAUGUCUUCCAUUACAACUGGAUCUAUUUUUAAGAAGUAAAAUGUGAAAUCUGCGGAGAUUAAUUCUGCUGAAAUUAAGUAUACCACCAUUUCUACAUUAUACAUUUUAAGUAAUUUUACAUAUAUUUUACAAUAUUUAAAUACUCUCCUUAGGG